AUGACAGCCAAGCUUGGCCACGAUGCUCGGCUCGUCAAGCACGUGAUCCGCGAGUUUGCCGUUGGAUGCAGACGCCCAACCCCCGGAAAUGGAUAUCUCGAGGCUCUCAUACAGCCCAACGUCCGGGUUGUGACAGGCCAGAUUGAAAGGCUAGGAGAAAGCGGUAUCCUCCUCGAGACCGGCGAAUUACUCGAAGUGGACAUCUUCAUUUGUGCAACCGCCUUCGACAUAUCCUUCUGCCCUCGAUUACCUCUGAUCGCCAGGGGAGGAGUGUCACUUGAAGAUCAGCGGAAGGAAAAACUGGAGGCUUACCUAUCCCUGACUGCUCCUAAUAUGCCAAAUUACUUCAGUAUGUUUUCAGUUGCACCCCUAGGGUUGAAGGAGUGA